AUGAUCAUUUUUGCAGGAACUGUGGUUCUGGCUAACCUCCUGCUAAUGCUGACUUGGGUACCAGCAUGUGUUGUGGUGGCUGAGCGCUGGGGUGCCUCCACCUGCUGCCUCUGUGUCCCCCCAGCACCUGUAUAUGCUCCUCAUCUGCCCCCUCGCUGUUCUGUGGUGUGUGCUUUACCCCUCAGAUUUUGCUACUCUUGUGCUGAGUCUGCAAGAGUGUUUUUUGAGAAGAUGCUUCCAUGGGUGAUAGUAAAGCCCCGCCACUUGUGGGUCUUAUUGCUCGGUAUUCUGGCAGCAUGUAGUGCUGUUGUUGUAUUCUACUUUCCAGGACUCAAGCUUCCAGAUUCACAAAUGUUUCAGCUUUUUUCAAGAGAUCAUGUCUUUGAGCAGUAUGACUUGAGGUACAAAUAUAAAUUUUGGUUUGAGAGGAAUCUGAGAAAUGAUAUUGUGAAUCGGUUACCAGUGCAUAUAGUCUGAGGAAUUAAACCAGUGGAUAAUGGGGACUACCUCAACCCUGCUUCAAAAGGAACAUUAGAAUAUGAUGAAAAUUUUGAUGUAGCUCAGCCAGAAUCUCAGGAAUGGCUGCUAAAUUUUUGCCGUGAUCUUCGAAACCAAAGCUUUUACAUGUCUACUCUGGGUCCUCUGCUUCCAAAUUGUUUAUUGAAACAUUUAAGGUGGAUGGAAAGAAAAUGCAUAGAUCCAAUAACAGGCGUUGAUCGCUCUCCUUGCUGUGAAGCCUCCAAGUUUCCUUACCCACGAGAUGUCUUUGACAAGUGCAUUCACAAGGGCAUUAUGGCUCUUUACCAGACUCCACGAGAAUACUUCAUUCCUGGAGUUGCAGGCCCAAAAUUCAGCAGAAAAGCUGGAAACAUUGUAGCCAUUGUUGUGGAAUAUGAUAGCAACACUUUGUGGUCUCUCUCCUAUGAGGAUAUGCAAGAAUUUUUUAUACAGGUGGAUACAUGGGUUACAAAGCAAAUGAAACUAGCACCAAAACAGAUGCAAGGAGGCUGGUUUACCUCAUACCUAAGUUUCUUUGAUGUACAACAGUCAUUAUCUAUAGGAACAGGAAUAGCAGUUGCUGUUGCUGUGGGAGUCAGCCUAGCUGUGCUGGUGAUGACAACCCUCAAUGUAGUAGUGAGUCUGCUGGCAGUCUUAAGUGUAGGCUCUGUUAUUUUAGUGACAUUAGCUGCAUUAGUUUUGUUAGGGUGGCAUCUUAAUGUUUUAGAGAGUGUAACAGUGAGUGUGGCUAUAGGAUUAGCUGUAGAUUUAACAUUACAUUAUGGUGUUGCCUACCAGUUGUCCCCUGAGGCUGAUCGUGAGGCUGCUGUGUCUUGGGCAGUGGCCCGUCUAGGUAGCCCAGUAUUUAUGGCUGCUGCUACCUCACUUGCAGCUGGUAUCACUAUGCUGCCAGCCAAAGUUUUAGUUUAUGUUCACAUUGGUACUUUUCUUACCGUAGUCACUACAGCUUCUUACAUCUAUCCGACUCUCUUUUAUCUUCCUCUUUUGCGUAUAUUUGGCCCUGAAUCAGGGUGUGGACAACUCUCUUAUCCACAGUUACGAUGCUGCUCUUGUUGCAGUCAAGGCUCUCAGCCCCAUGUGGAUAAAACUGUGUAUCAGCAAGCAUUUAUGAGUGAAUCUACUUUGUCCACAUCAAGUACAUCUUGUCCAGCACCCCAGACUCAUCCAUCAUCUGAUACACACGAACUUGAGCCUUUAACUGCAAUGCGAUUAGCUGGUCGAGGUGGAACUCACACUCGUGCCGUCCACAACCCUACUAGACAUAAAGUUGGAUUAGCCGAACCCCCACCCAUAUCAGUUGUGCCCCAUAACCACAUAGCAGCUCACAAUGAAGUAGGAGUCAACUCAGAAACAGGUCGUGCUGCUAGAUCCGGAUCUUUGUCAUCAUCAGUGUGCGUGCGGGACCAUGCAAAUUUUGUCCCACGUAAGGUCUCUCUGCCUUCACCUGGAGGUGCUGUGAGUGAAGGGGGAGAACCUUCUCCAAGACAUAUUGUAGCACCAGCAUCAUCAGCUACAACAAUCCUAUAUUCAGAACCAGACAUGGACUGUGGACAACAAUCUCAGCAUGCUCCAGAAGGUAACACCCCAAUAAUUCGCACCCCUGAUAAUGGAACACUAGUCGCUUAAGAUAUUGUGGAACAAACAUACGGCUGUGAGAGAAUUUGUUGUACCCUCUUGUGUGAUGAUGCUGAUGGUGCUAAAUUGAAGCUACCAAGGAGUAUCUGUAAUUGUGAUA